GAAUGUAAUUUUUCAAAUGAAACAUUCUGAUGCUGGUUGCGACAGUGUAAAGACGUGCUUGUCUGCAUUAUUUGUACUAGAGUAUCGCAUCUUUUCUGGUGUGAUUUGUUCGAGUGCUGGUGAAUAACUUUUGUUUGAAUGGCCAUUAUUUGCCGCCGAGCCGUUCUAGUGCUACGAUCAGUUAUUGAUACGCUCUAUUAGAAGGAAAAAAGUAUUAUUCUUGAAAAUUAGUGAAGUUAUUUUGAGUGCACUACAAUUCCAGACAAAAUCAACAGUGAAAGCCCAUUAAAUUUGUGUAGAAAAUUAUUCCCUAGUGUCUGAGGAAAAAUCCUAACAAAACCGACACAAAAGUAAAAGUGAAAAGUGCCCCUAACAUACAUGAAAAAUUUCUACAAUAUCAAGUGAUUUUAAGGAAAAUUUGGAUAAUAAUUCUGGUUUCGAACAAACUCAUCAGCAACAAGGCGAACAAUAACUCAACGGACACGAAGCAACGAAUCGCAACAGGAUCAUAUGCGAUAAAACAUACCAUUUCAUUGCACGGAUUGGAUUGGAUUUCCAAUCAAAGAUGCAUGUUUGGAGUCCAACCAUACUGCAAACAUGUGUUCUGAUAUCAUGCUACACUUCGAUCGCCGUGUGUUCAAUGCGCUUCUCGACCUCCGCUCGUGUCCUAGCUGCACGAACGGGAGCGGCACAAUUUCAGGAAUACGCCGAAGAAAACGCCGGUCCUCGACAGCCUAAAAAUGAACAAAACGUGCAAAUCCCGAACCAAAGAAGAUUUCAAAAAAGGCUCAUUAUUGACACUGGCAACAUAGAUCCCGAUUACUAUCAAGGUGUUGUGGGGCGCCCUGGAGUAGACUUUCCCAUUAUGACUGGAAUUCCAAACACGAACUUUAAUUGUCGACAGUAUGGUAAUGGUUACUUUGCGGAUUUGGACACAAAAUGUCAGGUAUUUCACAUUUGCGACGAAGGUAAAAAGAUAUCAUUUUUGUGUCCCAAUGGAACCAUUUUCCGUCAGCUGGAUCUCAUUUGCGAUUGGUGGUUUAAGGUCGACUGUGAUGCUGCUCCAAAUCAUUACGCUGAGAGUUCGGAAAUGUUGAGUCUAGCUCAGAAAGCUCGAUUGCAGAGCAAGCAUCCCGUUCCACAACCUAUCAAAUCACCGGAACAAUUUUCGCUCAACAUACAACGGAAGCACGCACUACUAAACAAUCCAGCAGGCCCAAAUCUUGCCGCUUUGGCAUUCAAUAGACGUAUGGAUACUAGCGUCGAAGAGUCAAAUGAAAGUAUCGAUUUCGAAGACAUUUCUCUGAAGCGCAAUAAUGUCCGUAGAAGCAACAAGGUUUUUCGAACUAUUGAUGGUAGUUCAGAAGAAACCCAGGCCACGGAUGAAACCUCUUCCUUUACACGAGCUGGUAAACUGUUGAAUGGUUACAAUUAUCCGAUGCCCGAUAAAAUGUUUGAUACAAUUGAGAAAAAUGAAGGAUACGAAUAUGAAAAACCUGCCAAAUUCAUAACACAAAACGAUAAAAAUCAAACUUUGCGUACCGGGAAAGUUUUAGAAGGCGGCAGUAUUGGAAAUCAGUUCGGUAUGAGAAAUUCAUUCCCAACAGAUGCAAAACCAUUCAUCGCUCGAACCACAGAAGUGCCGACAACUAUUACAACAACCACGCUUAGGAAACAAACUGUUAAACCGACAACAGCUUCAACUAUAAAUCGUGGUAGUACAACUUAUCAAACAAGUACGCUGAAUCAAAAAUCUUCAGAAAGGAAACCAUUGCAGAUGUUUGAAGUGCGUAAUGUGAAACCAGGGGCAACACCAGCGCCUGAAAAUUCAAAUUUCCCUGCGUACACGACGGCCCGUAAGCCUAGCACAAAAGCAAAAGAAAAGCCAUUUUAUACGCCAACCAUACCCACUUUGGUAAAUCGUGGUAAUCCUGAAAGUACAACACCUAUCACACCAACCCUAGCCACAGCAUCAGGUGCGGUAGAACACGCAAUGGAAAUGAUGAAAACACUCAAAGAACUGGAGCAUGCACCAGAGAAUCGACCAGCUGUGGAGGUACCACCUUCCUCUGGACCGAAUGUUUUGCACUCGUUGGCUCUCUAUUUUGCCAAUGACUCUGGAAAAAACACUUCAACAACCACUAGCCCGAUCACUACGCGACUUCAGACAGACAAGCUUGAUACUGAGGAAAAUCGCCAAACAGUCAGUGCUACCCUUCUUACCCAAAGAACUCUCGAUAGAUAUCAGCAGUUGUUCAAUGCACGAGACUCCAGCCCAGAAGAAGAUAACUUAGACCUUGAAACGCGUUUUGCCGAAGACUCUGGUAAUGAUCUUGAAGGACAAUACUCUAGACAUCCAAUAUUCGGAUCAUCAGCAUCCCCUCAAAUACGAGAACUGGCUCAAGUGUUUACUCAUGCGUUAUCGGCAUAUCUUCAGGAUCCCGAUUCAUUCAGACGAAUCCUAUCAGAAAUUCGCCCUAAGCCUCCUUCAAAACCGAUCACAAGUAAUCAAAUUGAUAAUCGGGCCAACAAAUUCGAUGAUAUUUCAACGGAAGAAGCUUCCUACUACUCUUCACGACAGCAAAUAACUCCAUCUCCUCGAGCGGCUUUGAGAGAAGAAUUAGAAGUGCUUGACUUUUCGGAUGUCACGAUGCCUACAACGGUAAAACGAGAAACCACCGUCGAAAACUCGGAAACAACAACUGAAAUUCCUACAACGAUAGCAGCUGAUUUGUUGAAACCUACCAAUAAAGUGAAGAAAACUCCUGCAUCAAAUUUGCUAUCAGAAGAAUUGGAAAAAAAUGCCCUAGCUUAUAAAGAUCGUCAGCAGAAAACUUUCAAAUCACCCGUUAAGGAAAAGCUUGUGAAAAACGAGUUGGCUGAUGAAGUUAACGAAGAAUUAGGAACAUUGAAACCCCCUGCAUUCCGGGUAGUAGAAAGCGUUGAAGAAACUGAGGACAAAACAGAUAACUCGAGCUACUUCCCUUCACUGAAAGCAGGAAAUGAUAAAAAAUCUACCCCCGUACCGUAUGGCAAAGAUGUCAAGCCGGCCAAUAGUACCCCAAUUACGGAUACAUUCCCAACGGCUCUAGCAGAUACCCAAGCAAUUCCACUACGCUGGGGCGAAGAACUUUCAACAUUAACAACAACGACCGAUUCUUCGCCUACGGUCUAUUUCGAAUUAUUGCCACCCCAUCAAGGAUCCAGGAAACAAAAUUUGAAUAACGAAGAAGUUCUAGAGGAUGAUGAACAGUUACAAAGGGCACAAAGUCAAUCUAUCGUGGCCAGUCGUAAUCAAGUGCAGAAUGAUCAAAAAGCAAAAACCAUCUACAGUUUCCUAAACUUGGACCAUGAACUGCAACAGAGUAGCAAAGCCACGUCAUCUGCCGUGACUCCUACGUCGAAUCCCAGUACUGUUAAAGGCCAUUAUAUAACAAAACAAUUUGGAAGCGAAUCAACUACGGUGUCGUCGGAUAUAGCUACGCCAUCAAUUCCUGAUACUGGAAAGCUGAGUCCCAAUUCAAAAACAACACUAUCGUACACUGUAUUUUUGGAUCCUCUCACAAUAAACGACGGACUGAUGGACUCCAGUGAGGAAGAAAAAUCAACUACCGUUUUAAAUGCCCAUACAUAUCUGCCCAGAAAUCCAAAGGCAUCUGCCAACAGCUUAUUUGCAUCCACCACACCCAGUACAACACUAAGUACCAAUGCGAAAAUUGUUCAAACGCGAAUGGGAAAAAGUGGCAUACGAACAAGAACCGGAGAACAAGAAUCCAACGAAAAUGAGCUGAUGGAAACUAUGCAGCGAAAGGCAAAUCAAAUGUUUGGAGACCUCAAUGACUCUGAAGCUGAUCAUCUGAUGAACGUCAUCAAAACGGCCGAUACAAAUAAGUCUGUUCGAAGAUUGAUUUUGUUACUGAUACAAACUUGCGACGAUGACUAUAACAAAACUGUAGAAGAUUCCAGAAAGGCACUGUUGAAUGCUUUGAUUAGUAUGGACAGCAAGGAAAAUGACAGUAGCGAGAUUCGUAUCGUAACAAAUAAGUCAAGCAAAAAAAGCAAAAGCCUAAAAUAUACUACAACAAUGUCUACUCCAAUAACGACUUAUCGGAACGUACAGUUUGAACGAUUAACCGGUACAACAACCGGCUUUAAUGGAAGAUCUGGCUUCGAUGCAGCCGAAACAACUACCGUGGGAUUCGAUGAAUUAAAGUCAACCAACUUGGAUUUGGCCGUUGAAACAUCAACUAGAAUAAUUGACUCCAGGUUCAAUGCGGAAGAAAUUGAAAGCACUACACAAAUGAACCUGUAUUCGGAACAAUUCACUACAACAAACAUUCCCAGUACAACGAUUGACAUUGAAACAACUACAGCAGCUCUUACAACGACAGAUCUUCCGACAACUACGUCAGCCGCAGCUCCGGUUGCCUUUUCGCAGAGAAUUUCUCCGACGGAGCAAACGUCGACAGUCACUGCUAGACGAUCGUCUAGGGGCAAAUCGAGCACCCCAGCAUCGGUUAGCAAUAGGGUGCAGAAAAGUCUUGGCUCAGCAACAGAUUUCCUGGCGGAAUCAAGCAGAAAACAAUCGUCUAACAACCAUCAUUCCGAUACUCGAGCGUUAGAAAUACUUCGAUCUUUGUAUUCUCUCGCAUCGAGGUGGGGUUGACGAAUUAGCCAGAGUUGAACAUUUACCUUUUGUAAGAAAGAAUUUUGGUAACUAGGUGACUUAUGAACAAUCUAUACCUACCUAUUCAAAUGUUCAAAUUUCUGUUAACGGUGUACCAUAGGGCAUGUUUAAUGUUGCAAUUGCCUGAGCCAUAUUUAUUGUAUUAGGAUAAACUAUUUAUAAUGGUGAUCGAUACUGAUGUGCGUGUUUAGAUUGAUCGUUGUAUCGGGGUUCAAGAAUCGAUGACAAAAGCUCGCACUGCUACUGGACAAUAGAGAUAUUUGACUUUUUUGUGUUCUAGUUGUUUGUCGAGAUCAGCUCAGAGUUGGUGAUUUUUGGAUAAAUUUUAGAAGAAGUUCAUAAAAACUCUCAACAGACCCGCUUUUGAAUCAUAAAACCGAAAAAAGGAACUUUUUCUUUGAAUGAAAAUGUGCGUUUAAAGGAAUUGUUCCUCUUUUAAGUGAAAUAUGUAUGACUAUGGAAGAUAUUUACUUUAAGAAUAUUGACGCUAUACAACUCACGAAUAUUUAGUUGAAAAUUUCUAUGGCUAACGAGUGGGGUUGUUUUACGAACAAAUGAGUCAAUCAAUCCUUUUAAGUUGACGAUAUCAAGAAUAUGAUUGUUUAAUUUUUUUCCUCCUAAAAACCCCAGAUAAAAAGAAUUCCAAUUAUCGAAAACAUCGCGGUAUAUAUAGUUAUUAUAAAUCGAAUCUAACCAUUUAUGUUAAUUUUGAAUCUUUUUUCUUCAAUCUAUCGGAUAUACUUUGUGGGAGCUAUUAUAACCAAAUUUCACAAUCCAUCUGAUAAAACCUUUUCACUCUCCUCAGAGACGUACACAAAAUAGCAUGAUAUAUAACCACUAUAUAACUGCAAAGUUUUACAACUCGAUGUACAUAACUACGUAACUUUCCUUUCCUGCGAAGUUAGAUUAUAUACUUUAUUUGACUUCUGUUAUUUGUGUCAUAAAUUUAAAGGAAACUUAUUUUGGUUUCGAAAAUGAUCGAAAAAAAUGUGUACCACUAAUCACACCGAUUAUACACCUUCAAAAAUAAACUUUAAAACUGAUGUAUUUGCAUCUGAACUUUUCGACAAAAAACUGAGCAGUUUUUGAAAAGAGUUGUUGCAAUUGUUUUAGAUAAAAAUUCAUGCCGGAACCAACCAAAAUCAUCAAAACUUUUGUUUUAUGUAUAAGGCAUGCUUGCAAACCUGUUCAACGAAAAACUUUCUUAAAGACUUAAAAAAAGUUUUUAUAAUGAUCAUUCUCAACAAUCAAAAUUGGAUACUCACUAGGGUGGCCCA